AUGCCCGCAAAGGCACAUGUCAAGCUCUUUAACAUUCAGAUUGAGGUCUUGAAGAAGCAGGGCAUCACUCCUGAGAAGACGAAAAAGCUCACCUAUACAAACGUCGUGGAGUCGAAGACUAAGCCAGUAAUACAGGCCGCAAGGACCGAGAAGGGAGGCCUGGAUAUCACCGUCAGCGUUUCUUCCACUGGUGCUGACAAGAAAAUCUUCGACGAUAUCUCACAGACUACGUUUGGAAAGAACGCACACUGGGUGGACAAUGACUACAUCAAGAAGGCAUCUCAGCUUACCGGGUCUACACGCCCUAUUCCCCUAAGACCUCCGCUCAUCAUCAAGGAUUAA